CGCGCGGGGCGGCGGGCCCGGGGCGAGCAUGUAGUGGUCCUGGCGGCGGGGCUCCCGGGGCGGGCCGGGCGGGCCGCGGGGGCCGCACGCGGCGACAUGGAAGAGGAGGGCAAAAAGGGCAAGAAGCCAGUUCAGAGGUGAAUAGAGAAUGCCCGGCCUGCCAGUGGAGGGAAGGAGCCUGGAGCCUUCCAAGCCAGCCCUUGGAGGAGGAGCAUCCAUGGAGAGGGAGCCUGGAAUUGUGUCGCCGUUUAAGCGAGUCUUCCUGAAAGGUGAGAAGAGUCGAGACAAGAAAGCCCAUGAGAAGGUGACCGAGAGGCGGCCGCUGCACACAGUGGUGCUGGCCCUGCCGGAACGCGUGGAGCCAGACAGGCUGCUGAGCGACUACAUCGAAAAGGAAGUGAAGUACUUAGGCCAGUUAACGUCCAUCCCCGGGUACCUGAAUCCCUCUAGCCGGACAGAAAUCCUGCAUUUCAUAGACAACGCAAAGCGAGCGCACCAGCUCCCUGGACAGCUGACGCCGGAACAUGACGCCGUGCUCAGCCUGUCAGCCUACAAUGUCAAGCUGGCCUGGAGGGACGGCGAGGAUAUCAUCCUCCGGGUGCCCAUCCAUGACAUUGCUGCUGUCUCCUACGUCCGGGAUGACGCCGCACACCUCGUGGUCCUGAAGACAGCCCAGGACCCUGGCAUCUCUCCCAGCCAGAGUCUGUCUGCAGAAAGUUCCCGAGGCCUCAGUGCAGGAUCCCUAUCCGAAAGCGCCGUGGGGCCCGUGGAGGCCUGCUGUCUGGUCAUCCUGGCUGCUGAGAGCAAGGCGGCUGCGGAAGAGCUGUGUGCCCUGCUCGGCCAGGUCUUCCAGAUCGUUUACACGGAGUCCACCAUUGACUUUCUGGACAGAGCCAUCUUCGACGGGGCCUCCACUCCCACCCGUCACCUGUCACUGCACAGCGAUGACUCUUCCACCAAGGUGGACCUGAAGGAGCCCUACGAGGCAGAGAGCAGCACUUUCUGCUUCCUGGACCCUGCAGACACUGGGAGCCUACCACCCCUGUCCUUCUGCAUGCCGGCCCUGCCACACGGCACGGCGGCCAGCGAGAGCGAGCUGAGCACCAGUGCCACAGAGCUGUUGCAGGACUAUAUGCUGACGCUGCGCACCAAGCUGUCGUCACAGGAAAUCCAGCAGUUCGCGGCGCUGCUGCAUGAGUACCGCCACGGUGCCUCUGUGCAUGAGUUCUGCAUCAGCCUGCGGCAGCUCUACGGCGACAGCCGCAAGUUCCUGCUGCUCGGUCUGAGGCCCUUCAUCCCCGAGAAGGACAGCCAGCACUUCGAGAACUUCCUGGAGACCAUUGGUGUGAAGGAUGGCCGUGGCAUCAUCACGGACAGCUUUGGCAGGCACCGGCGGGCCCUCAGCAGCACCUCCGCCUCCACCACCAACGGGGACAGGGCCGCGGGCAGCCCUGAUGGCGGCUCAGCGCCCUCUGAGGGCGACGAGUGGGACCGCAUGAUUUCCGAUAUCAGCAGCGACAUUGAGGCACUGGGAUGCAGCAUGGACCAGGACUCGGCCUGAUGGGGGUGGGCAGCGCCCACUCCCCCAGUUCCUCCCGGACCCGCGUGGCAGCCCUUCCUGCUGACUGGGGGCUGCGGGCAGCCGUGUCCGCUACUGUGAAGGAGCACGGAGCUGCCAUGGGAUAUGUGCCUUGCCGGCUCGGGAGGCCCAGCCAUGUCUGCACCAUGUCCCUACUCAUGGGAGCCAGGCCAGGCUGCCCUGUUUGCACACAAUCUUGUUGCGACUCUCAGAGACGUAAAAAGUUUACUGCAAUGUGAAUAAUUUAACCUCUUGGUGC